UAAGGCAGUUACGAAUCAUCGGUGACCGAAUAAAUUUAGAGACGGCAUGAAUGCGGUCAGUCUAAUUUACUGAUUCAUUUGAGCCAGUAUUGAGUCAUGUAUUUGUGCGCCACGCGAGAAGUCCGUCUGACAUGAUUUUUUUUUGAACGAGAGCUUUAACUAAAGGUAUUUGAGAGAUCUGAUGCAAUAUGGCAACAACACAUGUGAAUCGUCCUCUCUUAAGGAUUGUCACGAGAUGUCUGAAGGACCAUGGAUAUCUUACGAACUUUGCUCCUGUGAGAACUUUGGGACACUUUUCUGGCGCUUCUCGCCAGGUUCAACACAAUGAAGGGGGUGUGAAUAGUGCAUGUGAAGUUUCAAGUCGGUUCUCCGGAAACGGCAGCAGGAGCUCUGACCGUUCUGGUCUGCUUGGUGCUCUGGCUGUAGGUUUGGGACUUUCCGGAGCAGUCCUUUAUGGAUGUAGGGAUUUGAUUAAUAACGACGUUUCGGAAAGAAGAGUCAAAAUCAAAACAUCUCUAUUGAGCCAUGUAUUGCCAACAGCACACUGUGCGUCUCCAUAUAAGCCCGAUAGUCCACGGUACAAGUACAACUUUAUCGCUGAUGUGGUGGAGAAAUCUGCUCCUGCUGUCGUAUACAUUGAGAUCGUGGGGAGGCAUCCGUUCUCUGGUCGGGAGGUUCCCAUCUCCAACGGUUCUGGCUUCAUUAUAAGCAGGGAUGGCCUGAUUGUGACUAAUGCCCAUGUUGUGGCCAAUAAACGUGGUGUCCGUGUAAAACUGACCAAUGGGGAAACAUAUUCUGCCACCGUACAGGAUGUGGACCAGGCUGCCGACAUUGCCACUAUCAAAAUCAAUGCCAAGCACCCUUUGCCGACUCUUAAUUUGGGUCGGUCGUCGGAGGUGAGACAGGGAGAGUUUGUGGUCGCCAUGGGGAGCCCCUUCGCCCUGCGGAACACUAUCACCUCUGGCAUCGUCAGCUCCGCCCAGAGAGGCAGUCAAGAGCUUGGUUUGUCCAAUCCCAACAUGGACUACAUCCAGACCGACGCGGCUAUAGAUUUUGGGAACUCAGGAGGUCCUCUUAUCAACUUGGACGGUGAAGUCAUUGGCAUAAACACAAUGAAGGUGACAGCAGGGAUCUCCUUUGCCAUUCCCGCGGAUAGGCUCCGCCUCUUCCUUGACCAGGCAGCGAAUAAACGGACGUCAUGGCUUGGAGAGUCCAAACGACGCUACAUUGGUGUGAUGAUGCUCACCCUAACACCCAGCAUUAUUGCCGAGCUGAGGAUGCGUGACCCCAGCUUCCCAGAGGUCACACACGGAAUCCUGAUCCACCGUGUGAUCAUGGGCUCCCCUGCUCACAGGGCGGGUAUGAAACCCGGUGACAUCGUGGUGGAGAUCAACGGCACCAAAGUGAACACAUCGGAGGAGAUCUACAAUGCGGUGCGGACCAGCGACAGCAUUAACAUGGUGGUCCAGAGGGGUGAAGACCUUCUCAUGUUACACAUGACCCCUGAGUUUACAGAGUGACAUCAUCACCCCACCCCGACACGCAGGGGGGAGCGAAUGGGAUAAGCGGGGGAUGGCGGAAAAGACGAGAAAGAGGGAGAACAGAUGAAGAAGUGUAGGGAGAGAAAAAAAAGAUUGAGAAGAAUAAGAAACGCGCUCUUGCCUUUUUUUUGUGUGCCAGAUGGAAACAGUGUGGAGAUCGUUCUAAGAGGGAUUGCUAAAUGCAUGGAUGUAGAAGGUGGCAGGAUAAGGAAUGUGUGUUCGCUUGUUUUUGUUAGAAACAGUGGCCCAUGGUGAUACAGACAAUGUUGUGUUUACCCGGCCUGUCUGACCUCUUUGCCUCUAACAGUACAUUGGAUUUUUUUUUUCAGGCAGUCUUUUCAUUCAGUAUGGAAGGUUGUGAAACUGAAAGCCAAUAAAUGUUUUAUAUAGUUGGGUGUCCUUUGAAAGCUGUGAUAUUGACAAGCUGUUUUCAUACAGUGUUAGUUUUUAUAUAUUGUAUUUUUGCAUAAACCGGCGGGGUCAGAGGUGUCCUGGGGGACCUUUGUAUCAUCCUGAUUCUGACUGUUGUUUUCCAGUAAACUGUUAGAAGUUAAGAGACUGGUAGAUACAUUCUAAUGAACUAUUUAUUCAAGAGUAUAUGCAAGAGACUUAGGAAGUCUAGAUUCCCUUUCCAAAAAAAAAAAAAAUCACAUGGCUUUCUUUAUAACGUAGAGUAUGUAUGCAUUAAAAUCAGUCCUGUGGCUAUAAGAAAAAUUUGGCCUUAAUAAAAUAUCUUGUUGGAUGAAGGUAAAUGAUAAAUCUUAAUUCUUACGCUAGCAAUUCAAGUUCAUCCUCCCCAGUUUUGACGGUCAUUUGGUGGUAGUGGUGUGUAAGGUUUUACUUGUGAUGCUGCCCAGAUUCUCCCAUCAGUGUUAAAUUGGGUUGAAAUCUGGUGACUGAGAUGGUGAGAUGACUUCAGCCGUUUUGGAUACUUACCAGAUCAUUCUGUGUCCUCUUGUGCCCAUG